AUUUGGAAUAUGAAUCUGUGUAUGUUAUCUUAUUUAUGAAUAGUUUGCCUUGUUCAGAUUGGUGAAACCAGCGUGCUUGUGAUGUUAUGUCUUGCGUGGGAGGAAUUGAGAAGUUAUUUGACUAUAAAAUGACAAAAAUGCUUUGAAGUAUAUGUUUGUAAUAUGGCUGAAAGAGAUUAUGCCUUAGAGAUGCGGAGACUUCUUGAUCCAGAGGCAUACCUGAUAAGUUCAAAGCAACUACUAGAUUGAGUUGUUUGUGUCAAAUCUGGCAAGUGUAUAACAAUUUUAAAUAUUUUCUUUUGUAGUUGGAUCUUGAUGUUUUAUCAUUCUAAAAACGAAACUUCAUAAAGUAAUUAUGUUAUUUUGUGGAAUCUAAGUUGUUGAAUCUUAAUUUUCGAUGAGCAUAUUUGAAAACUGAUGGUUCAAACAAAGAACCUGUUGUAGUAAGUAGUCUCCUUUUCUUGAUGGUAGCCCCACCUUGCCAUCUACUUUAAUAAAUUCAAUGUCCUUUUGUUUUUUAAUAAUUGUUGCAAGUUUCAGGCAAUCUUUGCUAAAGGUGUUCCGAGAUGGCAAGUGCAUCCAUAGAUGGCAAUGGUAAUUGAUGACCGUUCAAAGGUCUGGUAGGAUAAGGAUCAACCUAGAGUUCAUGUAGUUCCUUAAUUUGCACCAUAUUAUGCUCCUCAGGCAGAGGUACAUGAUAUGCCUUUUUGUUCCAAUCCUCUGCGUAGCAAGAAAUGUUGCAUGCAAUUUCAAAGAGAGUUUGAUGAGAAUGUAUUACCAAAACUACAUGAAGAUUUCUAUGAAGACGAGGUGGCAAAUCUGCCUCUUACUCCUGAUGUGAGCAGCUAUUUGAUGUCAGAGGAUUCUGGUUUUGCUCCAAAUGGGAAUAGUGGUGUUUCUAUCAGUGAAGGAAUGAAUGGAAUUGAAGUUGAGCAGACAACGAAUCAAUCGAUAAGGUUUGGGUAAUUACGUGGUGAAUAAAUAUAAACUUAUGUUGUGGACAAGUUUAGCGUAGGAGAUGUUGGCAUUCGUUGUAUUAUUGGAUGUUGCAGAAACUGCAGGCCAUGCAACACAGAUCAUGAACAAUAUUGCAACAAGAAGAUUUGGUCAUGCAAUGAUGUCUACACUGAUGGCAAACCCACACAAGGUGGAUUUACUGGAUCCAUGGUCGUUUAUCAAAAAUGGAAUGGCACCGGAACAAGUGGCACCGCUCUUAUGUGCUGGGGUGACUGUUACAGCUCACUAAAUGACUUUGGUUAAUUGGGGAGUGGUUUAAGAGGAGGGAUAUUAGGAUUUGGAGGAGUAGGGCACAUGGGGGUGAAGAUAGCAAAAGCAAUGAGACAUCAUGUAACCGUUAUAAGCUCUUCUGAUAAGAAAAAAAUAGAGGCCUUCGAGCAUCUUAGUGCUGAUGACUACUUUGUCAACUCUGACACUGAAGGGAUGCAAAAGGCUGCUGAUUCACUUGACUACAUUGUUGACACUGUACCUAUUUUUCACCCUCUUGAGCCUUACCUUUCAUCGUUGAAACUCGAUGGAAAGUUGAUCUUGACAGGUGUUAUUAACACCCCUCUUCAGUUUGUUACCUUUAUGGUCAUGCUUAGUGAGUCAAAUUCUUUAACUUUGAGCAAAUUUUAUAUUUUAUAUUUUUAGGUUUUCAAUAAAGCUCGAAAUCUGAAUUUCUGG